AUGAUUCUUAGUCUGAUUCUUUUGAUUUUAAAUUUGAACGAAUCUUAUGGUGGGACAAUUGUUAUCAAAGAAUGUCACAAUGGAGGCGUAGACAAAGACCAGCCUGGUCCUGGUGAAACACCAAGACGCCCUGUUCCUAGCGCAACAGCUUGUCAUGACAACGAUCAAAGUGGUCUCUGCAACAUUUUAUUCCCUAACGCUGACAUUGCCAAUAGCGUAGAUCCGACUAAACCUUACAAAGUCAAUGAGAACUGUUCUUCUGCAACACAUUCAUCCAUUGCUACCAAAUUUUGUGCAUCAACUUGCGCUUUAUGUUGCAAAAUACCUCGAUUCAGCGCCUGCCACGAUACUGCAAGCAAUUGCACAUUAUUUGAAAAUCCAGCGCUUUGCACCAGUCAACAUCUUUACGCCUUUGCACUUGAAAGAUGUGCGAAAACUUGUGGCUUAUGCGAUAAACCUGGCUCGGCUGGAACGACUACUGUGGUUGCAUCAAGUUGCAGAGAUGAAAGGGUCGAUUGCGCUCGCCAUCUACAAUUCUGUCGCGUCUCCCCAUUCUCAUCGUAUUACAGUGUUUAUUGCCGUAAAACCUGCAGUUAUUGCUGA